UCACAUAAUUUUCUGCCCAUUUUUUGUAAUUUUCCAAAAAAUAAAUCCUCAUGAAAUUGUAGUGGCUGAGAUUUCUCCUUUUGUUUCUUCCCCAUACUGUAGUUUCUGGUGUUUUUUCAGUUUAUCACCAGAAAAUAAGCUUGCUUUCACUUUUUUUUUUUUUGGGUUUAUUCAAGUACUUUUCUCCCAAAAAAGACUACUUUUAAUUUUUCCAAUUCUGUUGAUUCCGAUCUUGUCAUUGCCGGAAACUAUGAGCUCUCCGGCUGGUUUCCGGUGAACCCAUUUUUGAUACGUGAUCGUUGCUUCCAUUGUUGUCAUCUUCCAUGGUUAUCUCUUUAAGGUUUUGGCGUCUACGGGUUCGUUUUGGUGAGAAUUUUCUUUUAAGUUCUUUGGAAGAAGCCGUCUCUUCUUUUUGUUACGGUGGAUACUUAAUUUUUAUUUAUUUUAUUUUAAUUUUUCCAGAGAUUUAGCAUUCACCCCAAAUUUUUAUUAAGUAAAUAUUUUUAUUAAAUGAUGAGAAAUUAAUAUUAAUUUAAUUGGAAUAAAAAUACAAACAGAGACGGAUCUCCAUCGAUUUGUUGUUGUUGUUCUUUUGUGUUUUUUCUUUUUGCAGUAUUAAAUAGCAUUCAUCAGGUUUUGUGGAGCUCAAAAACGGCAUUACUAUUUGUCGUAUUGGAUGUUGGAAGAAAUGAAAGGAGGUUCGUGAUAUACUCUUUGCUUGUUAGAGAGGAUUUGAAGCAGCGGUGACGCUGUUUCAAUGGGCACAUACUCCUCUGGUGAAGAACUAGUUAUUAAGACUAGGAAGCCUUAUACUAUUACGAAACAACGUGAAAGAUGGAGCGAGGAAGAGCAUAAUAGGUUUCUAGAGGCCUUGAAGCUCUAUGGACGAGCUUGGCAACGCAUUGAAGAAUAUAUAGGAACAAAGACGGCUGUGCAGAUCAGGAGUCAUGCUCAAAAGUUCUUUUCAAAGUUGGAGAAGGAGGCACUUGCUAAAGGUGUACCAAUAGGUCAAGCUCUUGACAUAGAGAUUCCACCUCCACGCCCUAAAAGAAAACCAAGCAAUCCUUAUCCUCGAAAAACUGGUGCUGCUACUACAGUACAAGAGGGAGCUAAGGAUGGAAAAUCUGAAAUGCCAUUAUCUUCUUUGCGUUGCAAGCAAAUGUUGGACUUGGAGAAAGAACCACUUCCGGAGAGACCUACUGGAGAUGAAAAGGCUACAAACCUGAAAGAAAAUGAAGACCAGAGUUGCUCUGAGGUUUUUACCCUUCUCCACGAACAAAACUGCUCCUCUGCGUCUUCCAUGAAUAAGAAUUUUAUACCAAUGUCAACUGCACUCAAAAGCUCUUGUACAUUCAGGGAGUUUGUACCUUUGCCAAAAGAGGUAGUAAAUCAUGAAAAACAUGAAUUCUAUGUUAUUCUUGAACUUAAAGAAAUUUGUGAACCUUAUAAACUUAAUGUCCAACAGACAUUUCAUGAUAGUGGUACAAGUAAGGCUUCAAACUUGGAGAAGUCUUGCACUUCAUAUGAGAAAUCAGCUCAAGGCCAGAGAAAAGAUGAUUUGGAUGGUGAUUUUUGUGCAGAUGAGAUGCAAGCUGCUCAAAAUUAUCCUCGGCAUGUUGCUGUGCAUGUCCUAGAUGGAAGCCUUAGAACAUGUGUUCAAAAUCCUUCCCUGGGUAUGUCAUUUCAAGAUUCUGUAUUUCACCCUACGGGCGAUGUUCAUGGACCUAACCUGUUUGCAAAUCCAGCUGCAUCAGCAACUACUGAACAUAAGAAUAAUGCACCAAAAUCUACUCAUCAGGCAUUGCCACCUUUUCAUACUCCCUUUAUACAUCUUCGGCCCGAUCAAGAGGAGUAUCGAUCCUUUCUACAUGUCAGCUCUACUUUUUCCAAUCUCAUUGUAUCUACUUUGUUACAGAAUCCAGCUGCUCAUGCUGCAGCAAGUUUUGCAGCUACAUUUUGGCCAUAUGCAAACAUUGAAAGUUCUGGCGAUUCUCCUGCAAAUGAACUAAGAGGUUUCCCAUCUACACAAAUGAACUCUGCUCCUAGUAUGGCCGCAAUUGCUGCUGCAACAGUAGCAGCUGCCACUGCAUGGUGGACCGCCCAUGGACUGCUUCCUAUAUGUGCUCCUCUGCACACAGGCUUUACCUGUGCUCCUGCAUCCACUGCUGCAGUUCCACCAAUGGAGAAUGGUCAAAUUCCAGCUGCAAAUAUGGAACAAAAAGAUAAAACUGAUCUAGCCCUAACUACUCAGGAUGAACGACUAUACCCCGAAUACUCUGAAUCUUUGCCAGGUCAGCAUUCAGCAUCUAAAUCACCUACUUCAUCAUCAUCAGACUGUGAAGAGAGAGUAGAUGCAAAAGCGAAUACUGAAGUGAAAGCUACUGAUGAUGAGAAGGCUGCUGAAGUAAUUGAGCCUCAGGAUGCAGAUAAAAUGAAGAACAGAAAACAAGUUGACCGGUCCUCAUGUGGUUCCAAUUCAAGUAGUGAGGUAGAGACAGACAUGUUAGAAAAACUUGAAAAAGACAAGGAAGAUUCAAAAGGAGCUGAUCCAAAUCAUCCACAAGUUGAAUGUAACCGUCGUAGUAGAAGCAGCAGUAACCUUAGUGAUUCUUGGAAGGAGGUAUCUGAAGAGGGACGACUGGCUUUUCAAGCCCUCUUCUCCAGAGAGGUACUUCCACAAAGCUUCUCUCCUCCACAUGAUGGGAAGAACAAGGGGCAGCAAAAGGAAAAUGUAGGUACAGACAAGCAAAAUCCAGUCGAGAAAGACGGAGAGACAUCAACAUUAGACCUUAAUAGAAAGAUGUUAGAUUCUCGUUCUGACCGUCAAGAAGUAGAGAAAAAUGCACUAUCAAAAGAUGAGAAGAACAAUGCAGAAGACGGCCUGCUGAGGAUUGGACUAGGACAUGCAAAACUUAAGGCCAGCCGAACUGGAUUUAAACCUUACAAAAGGUGUUCUGUGGAAGCCAAGGAAAAUAGAGUGAUGAACACCGGCAGUCAAGGUGAAGAGAGAGGUCCCAAGAGGGUACGAUUAGAAGGGGAAGCUUCGACUUGACUUUUACGCUAUUGCAUCCAAUUAACAAAUGCGAUGUUUGUUUGUUGGAUGCAAUCCCUAAUUUUUUUUUUCCCAUAUCUUAUUUCCUUUUUAUAUGUUGAUCUUAAAGACUAGCAUUACAUUGCAGCUCAAGAGACGCUUUCGUGUAGGUGGUGUUGUACUAUCUAAUAUCUACAUUGACUUAAUCGUUUUCAUAGACUUUUUUGAAUUAAAAA